CAGUGGGAGUGUAUGGUUUAUGCGUGUGAAGGAGAGAGAGAGUUGUGUAAUCUGUCCAUUUUGUGUCUCCUGCCUCCUGCCCCCCCUCUCCGCCCGGCCCCCUGGCUGCCAGGCGUCACACCAGUUUAUAAUAAGGACCCAAAAAAAAGUUGUCGAGUGAACGGACUGAAAGAGGAGGGGAAAAAACGGAACCUUUCCCACUCUCCCAAAAUCACGGGGAGUGACUGUGACAGGAGGAAGGGGACAGAGAGAGAGAGAGCUGAAGAAGCCUUCGUAAGACUUCAUCACAUUUCUUUCAGGACUGCACGGACGGGAACGGACCACUAGACUGGACUGGUAAUCAAUAGCGGCGAUUAGCAGGAGUGAGAUCUGUUGUGGGAGACUCUUGGAGGAGCAUGCGGCUCAGUUUACUAUUCAGGCUCUAUGUGCUGUGGGGCUUUGUGGUGGCCACGACCUCCCUGACCAAGGCUGCCAAGAGGAAGGUGGCAGGCCGACGAUCCAGACAGGUGUUUGAGGCGGAGCCUGUGGAGGGGGUGUGGUCUGUCUGGGAGGAGUGGUCCGAAUGUUCUCAGACCUGCGGCGUGGGUGUCUCACAGAGGAGCAGGAAGUGUUUACCUCCUCCACCUCCCCAGAACCCUCCCCUCUCCCACACCCCACCUAACUGGGCAGGUUAUUUGCCUGGGGGCAUCGGAGGUCCUGUCAUCUCACCUGUACACCCCUACUACCCUCCCCGUUACCCCGGGCAAAACCCACCUUAUAACUCCCCUUCGAUCCCCACCAAUCACAACCCAGGAUUGUCGCUGUACCGGAAUACCAACGCCGUGGGAGGAGGAGCUUCUGUCCCCGGACAGGGCAAUCCAUCCCCUCCUUUUUACCAGCCAGAAUUCUCCCCAACCAAUCAAGACCAUGUAUCUGUUUACCGAUCGCCCUACCACGCUCCUUCACACGGCUACAACCAGCCAGCGCGGAUUGUCAGGAGGCCGACCAAUCCAGGAGCACUGAGGUCCGGAGGAGGCGGGAGCAGAAGGUCGGUCUCCCCCAAUCAGAAGGGUUUGCCUCCAAGGAGGUCUUCAAACAUCCGUCCAGGUCAGUUUGGGUACGGCAGGGUCCCGUUCUCUCUGCCUCUGCAUCGUACCAACCGGCAGGCUCGCCACACUGUUAACGGUACUGACGCUGCAACGCCAGCAUCUUCACUAGCCGCCAAUGAAGACGACGCCAACAGGAGAGAGGAAGAAGAGGCGGGGAGUGAUAGAGAAGACAGGGAGGCAGGGAGGGGUGAGGAGGAGGAGGAGGAGGCGAGCACUGUAGCACCUGCUGCUGAGGAAUUUCCCACAAUUACCACCACAACUGGCAACCCACACCGCCAUAUUGACAGACCCUCACACACCAAUACAGAGCAUGGGAGGGCAAGAGAGCGAGUCCCAUCCACUCAUCACUCUCACUUCUCACGCUCCUCAUCACCAUCUCUCCAAUCCAACCGCCACCGGUUUGACUGGCACACCGUCACCGCACCACCUCCUCCCAUCUCUCCCCUCUCCCGCCCAAAUUCCCCUGCCGCUGCUUCACGUUUUUCCACUUCUCUCCAUCGCCCCAGCCCCGUACACAGAGACAGGGAGCUCCACCCAGGCUUCAGCCCCCAGGUCCCACCUGCCGGCAACAUCUACCCACUACAGCACCCCCACAUCCCGCACCUGGGAGUCGAAUCAGGCAGGGAUGGAGGAAGAGGAGCUCCUCAGGUCUACAGAUGCUCUGGGCCGGAGAAGGAGUACCGCAGGUGCUUCUCACAAGUAUGUGGAGGAGGUGCGUUGGACUCCAGAGCAGAGCAGUGUGCAGCCUUUAACACACAGGAGUUCAUGGGUCGCCUCUACAACUGGGAACCUUUCACUGAGGUUGGUGCGGACAAGCAGUGCGAGCUGACCUGCAGACCUGCCGGUUAUCGUUUCUAUGUUCGUCAGGCAGAGCGUGUCAGAGACGGGACCCCCUGCGUCAACGUCAGCUCAAAUGACGUGUGUGUAGAAGGACAAUGUCUGACUGAGGGUUGCGAUGGGGUACUGGGCUCAGACUCUGUGAUUGACAAGUGUGGAGUGUGUGGUGGGCGGGACACCUCCUGUCGAAAGGUGACGGGAAGCUUCCAAAAUGUCACGGUCCCCCUUGGUUACCACAAGAUCCUCGACAUCCCGCCCAGAGCUACAUUCAUUAAUAUUACGGAGAGACGAGCCAGCCCUAAUUAUCUGGCCAUGAGGAGUGGCACCGGGACUUCAGUGGUGAACGGGCGUUGGGCUGUGGAUCCCCCAGGGGAGUACCAGGCAGGAGGGACUACCUUCACCUACACCCGACCUAGAGCACAGGCGGAGGGGGAGGAAGAGAGAGGCGAGUCCCUCAGGGCUCCAGGACCCACCACCACACAGCUACAGCUAUAUAUCAUUUUCCACAAGGAGAACCCGGGCAUCGACUAUGAGUUUUAUGUCCCGGUGGAAAAGAAGGAGGUAGAGAGGGAGAGGCUGACGGAGAGAGAGAGGGAGACACCCAGAGAGGCACCCAGAGAGAGGCCAAGGGAGCGAGAGCCAGGGAGGGCACCCCUUCGCAGUCCUCUCACUGUGUCAGUAGAAGACCCUCCUCCUGCUCCUCCUCCUGUUUCGAUCCCUUCUUUCCCCUCUUCCUCCUCCUCCUCCUCUGUCUUUUCUCCUCCCUCCUCGGACUGGUGGACACCUGAGAGGUCACGUCCUCGAGGCUCUGCACCCAACAGGAAUGCUCGGAUCCCCCCUCGCACUGACCUGCCACUGGACACUCAGCCACCAUUUGUGUGGAGGAGAGGUGGACUCACUGAGUGUUCUACUUCUUGUGGCAAAGGUUCUCAGUACAGAAUCGUUCUGUGUAUAGACCGCCAUACAGACGAGGAAGUCCCGGAGAGGAAAUGUGACUCUGCAGCCAAACCUGUCCCUGAGGAGGAGCCUUGUAACACACAUCCCUGCCCACCAUUCUGGGAGGCCAGUUCAUGGUCAGAGUGCAGUGUGUCCUGUGGCCCUGGGGUGCAGCAGAGGCAGCUCCAGUGCAGGCAGAGCUUUGGAAAUCGCUCCACCAUGGUCCACCCGCAGCGCUGUGCCAACCUCACUCCACCAGAGUCCACACAGGAGUGUGAGCUCCGCCUCUGCUCCCACUGGGAGGUCAGCUCUGACUGGAGCACGUGCUCAGUGGACUGUGGAGUUGGGAGGAGGACAAGGAGUGUGCGCUGCGUCAGCGAUCAAGGCAGCAUCGUCAACGACAAGGAGUGCAACUCCAGGGCUCGCCCACAAGGAAGUGAGGAGUGCCACAUGGGGCCCUGUGUAACCAACUGGUAUUUCACUGACUGGUCCAACACUUGUUCUGCGCAGUGUGGCCCCGGGGUGCAGAGGAGAGAAGUGGUGUGUCUGACUCGAGGAGGGGUCAGAGAGGGUGGAGGAGGAGGGGACUGUGUUGGGGAUAAACCAGCAGAAAUGAAGGCCUGCAAUGGGGGUCCCUGUGUGCCAACAACCAUGUGGUACAGCAGCCCCUGGACACAGUGUAAUGUCCUAUGUGGGAAUGGAACUCAGCGACGGGACAUCAUUUGUGUCCAGAAGACGGGGAAUGAUUUUACUGUCGCACCAGCCAGGGAGUGUGCUCACCUGGACAAGCCUGCCGCGGUCCAAGAGUGUGAGAUGGGAGAGUGUCAGCCACGGUGGUUCACAACAGAGUGGAGCGCGUGCUCACGUUCUUGUGGAAAAGGAUUACAAAUGAGAGAGGUACGGUGUCUAACAGAAGACAAAAAGCACAGCCAGGAUUGUGAUUCGAGCCCCAGACCUGAACAGGAGCAAAUCUGCAACACAAUACCCUGCAGUCCACAAGUCUCAGAUGAAAACUGCCGGGACAGACGUCACAACUGUGUGACGGUGGUUCAGGCCAGGCUGUGCGUCUACUCCUACUACAAGACCGCCUGCUGUGCCUCGUGUACCCAAAGUGCUCAGCGUGCCAAGAGGCACUGACCAGCCAAUCACAGACAGCCCAGGUGUGCAAGAAGUCAAGGAUUAGGUCAAAAGGGUCCCUGAAAUGACAAGUCUAUAGAAAUGGACAGCCCAGAGUAGAUAUAAUCCCUGUGAUGGCCAUCAGAUAACAUUUAGCUAUUUUCUCCUGAUUCUUCAGGUAAAACACUGUGAAAGCAGCCGGUUCCUUUUCCCAGUUCUCCAUGCAGUAUUUUAUAUUGUCUUUUAGAACCACAUAUUCCACUGAGCUUGCAUCUGUUUACUUUGUGCAUCAGCUCUAACAGUUUCAUAACGUGUCAUACAGGGCUGAGUGAUUCAUUUGCUGUGAUUUCAACUCUUUUCAAUGGCUGAGAGAUUAUAAUGGAAAGUGCUCACUGAGGACACAACUGUGUUUCAACAGCAGAUUUAGCCUUUUCUUAAGAUUCUUUCUAAUCUACAGGAUCUUAAAACAGAUGUAAUCAGACAUGCAUACAUACCACUAACUAUGAAAAGAAAUGUGCUGAACAAAUCAUUACCAUGUGUGCUAGAUAAAAUGUAUACUGUAGUAAUAUGUGUGCUGAAGAUCUACUGGAAUAGAUCUACUGUGUUUCUGUACACUGCAGAUGUUCCCCACUGUGCUAUAGUGGCUACCCCCCAAACUAAGCUAGAAGGAUUUCAUUAACAUAUCGUAUGUCUUUUAAUGUUUGCCAAAAAUAUUUCCCUAAGUGUCCUCUUAUUGUUCAGUUCAGUAUUUGGACAGAUGAACCAAAGGAGUGUGGUGACCAUGGCAGUAAGUGACCAAAUAUAUCAGAGCGGGAAGAGGUGAGAUUCUUCCCAAACAAGAAGGAUAUUAGACAUGGAUGUUAGACGAGCAGCACAGAGUCUGUACAGUCCUUCAGCGUAUUCAUGUCAAUUACAUAUCCAUGUAGGUCUUUUUAAAGAGAGCUGUUGGAGUUAAAAUCCACGGCUAAGAUGUGAAGACUCAUAGUUGCAUUUUUUUUUACUAAACUUAAGAGGAUGCGACUUGUAAAAAAACAAUGAAAUUAUGAAGUGAUAAGACUAAUGGUGUUCUAUACUUUUCUUCUUGUCAACAAAUCACAUAAAAAGUGAUGCAUUAACAUGUGUUAGUGUGUCAACACUUUCUGACUUCCCCAACCAUGUCUCUGGCAUUCAACCCCAAGUCUAUUUGUUCCUACUGAUGAUUAAUAACAAAUAUAUAGUUUUUUUUUUAAAAGCUCUGUAAUUGUCUAAAACAUCUGGGCGCUGUAGUUUAUAGUAAAUGUCACUCAAACAAGAGAAAAUAGUGCCUUUGUUAGAGACUAUUUUCAGCUAACACACAUUAGUGAGUAUUUAUGACACCAGGACAGUGUAAGUAGGAUUCACUCAAAAUAAACUACAGUGCCCGUGUUCAUCUUAAUGAAGGAACACGUCACCCAGUGCAACGGUGUGUCUCAUUUAUGUGUUUUUAAUUGUUUUUGUUAACAAUGGAGCUCUGUGGCACAAGGAAAUAAGCUAUAAAAGGCUUUGGCUGCUCAGCUAGUACGUGUUAGUUUCAAUUCGUUGUUGGUUUUGUUUAUUUCAUGCGAUUUGUUGACAAUAAUAAAAAUAUAGAAUAUCGCCUUUAACCAAGAACUUGACGCACAGGUUUGGAGAUGUAAAAUGAUUCACUCCUGGCUGGCUGACCUAAUUUUGCAUGUUAGUAAUCACGGCACGGCCAAGGUAUUAAAAGAACAACUUCAUGUCCUUCCUUUUUUCUCACCUCAUCUCAAUAUAUCUUUUAUUUGCAUCCAUCAUCACCUUCGUGGGAGGGGAUGAUGAAUCUGUCCUAUGAGACUAGGUGAAGUCAGAAUUAGGAAACAUCGCAGAGAAUGAAAAAGCUGCUUUCUUACAACAGUCUGUUAAUAAGGUAGAUUAUGAUAUGGAUCAAAUGCAAUCAACCUCUGUAUAUGUGUGUAAGUAAUGCUUUUUCUCUCUUUCUCUUAUUACUGUUUUUACUUUGCUCUUUUUCUCUUAAUACACACACAAUACACCCUGCCCACUCAAAGAUGAGGAGUCUGUAUAUUUGUCAGAUAUGUUUUAAUGUCUAUAAUUUCUUGAACAUAGUAGGCGCUUAUGUUUUAUAACUGAGUAGAUUUAUCAGAAGCAUUGUUGUAGACUGCAUUUAUUCACAUCUAACUGUCAUAUAACUAUUGUAUUUUGCAUUCGACAAGAGAAGCAGUGACUUUAUUGUACUUGUGAGUUUUGGAUGUUUGCGUGUGUAAUGUGUCUGUGUGGUUCGUGUGUGUGUGUGUGUGUGUGUUGCUAUUGUGGCUUUGAAUGUGUCAUUCUUGUCUCUAAUCUCUCGUAGUAAAAAAAACCCUUUUUAUAUAAAAACAAAAAAGGAUAGUAAUUUAUCUAUUAUCUAAAGAACAUGUAAUUUAUUUUCUGUUUUAAGAAGCUGUAGCAAUUUUUUCUUUGUUACCACCAGAGUUUAUGAGAUUGUUAUUACAGAUAAACGGAAGAUUAUUUUUUUUCAUGCAAAAACAAUAAACAGUGUGGGAAAAAUUAUUAUUAAUUAAGCUUCAUUUUAAAUAAAAUUGUAACAACAGAGAAGUUAAGUGGUAUGUCAUAUUUGCUUUGGUGAUGUAGCCAGUUUCCUCCAAAUGAUGGCGCCGUUGAGUCUCAAACGUGAAUGAACAGGCCUAGUUUUCCUCAGAAAGGAGUGGCCUACUACAGCCAAAAAGAGACAUUUACCCUAAAUGUCUGUUUUUGGUGCCAAGUCUGCAUUGUAACUAGUUGUUUGCCUGUUUGUUUAAUAAAAAUUGUGUUGUUUGGUUGAAA